CAAUUCGUUGACUUCCUGUUUGUUGACUUGGUAGGAGAACUGAAAAAGCAUUAAUCAAAAUGCCGGCUUACCAUUCUUCAUAUCUCAGCCCGCCACAAUUGGUGGCCAAUAUGGCGCUACUUCCUUUAAGAACACAGUUUAGAGGGCCAGCUCCAAAAAGUAAGAUUUAUGUUAUGAUAAUUGUUAGUGAAGCUGACAGAACUCUUAUCUAUAUUACCCUGUAUAUCACAGAAUGUUUAAAGAAAUUACAGAGAUGCCAUGCCAAGAAAGAUGGUCUGAAAGAAAUGCAUUCAUUGGCUAUUAUGAAGUGGGAUAUACCUGGUGAGCCUGGAUUCCCCUUAAAUGCUAUGUAUCAUAGACCAAAUGGAAGACAAGAAGAAGACAACAUGAGAGCAUAUCUACAGCAGCUACGGCAGGAGAUUGGUGUACGAAUGUGUGAAAAGGUGUUUGAUCCAACAACUGAUAAACCAACAAAGUGGUGGAUGUGCUUUGUAAAGAGGAAAUUUAUGGAUAAAAGUUUAUCUGCUCCAGGACAGUAAUCACCACAUUCAUUCUACAUACAUUUUUUUUUUUUAGAUUAUACUGUAGAUAUACAAAUAUGAUUUUCAAAGAUUAUUUUAUGGAACUGUUAAAUAGUUAAAAUUUCAAUUAAGUUUCUACAAUGUUGCACUUGCACCAAAAUCAUGCUGUAAUACUAACCAUAACAAUACAGAGUAAAUAAUGUUUGGCAUCUGA